AUGUUUCCUAUACCUUACCCUUCUUCGAGGGUGUCUCAACUAGACGCAAAUAUUUUAGAUUCUGAACUAUUCACACUAUUAAAAGAUCAAUUAUCUUCGAUUUUUCAACUACAUGAAAACAACAACUCGAUUGCAAGUAAGUUGUCCUAUAAUCGACAUCCAGAAACAUAUUCGUUGCUUUUGAAUUUGCUCAUUUUUAAAUUGACUGUUUGGAAAUCUGGCUCAUCAUAUGGAUCGUCUUUACAAAAUUUGAAGCUUACAGAUUCGCGUACGGGGAAAAUCAUUGGACUUAAUAAAAAGGGAAUUUUGUUGGCGGCGUUGGUGGGGACAUACUUGUAUAAAAAGAUGGAAACCGCACUUUACCAAAUUAACGAGAUUUCAGGGGAUGAUAAUGAAGAUGACUCGUUAUUUCAAAGAUUGAAGAACGCCAUUCUCAAUAACCGAACGGCGCUAUUGACAAAGAUUGAUAAUACCUUGAAAACUGUUAAUUUGCUCAAUUUUACCGUAUUUUUGGUUAACGGAAGAUAUCCAUCAAUUUUACAUCGAUUACUAGGGAUUACUGAGGCCCCAAUAGUUUCAGAUUUGUUAAAGUUUAACGGAAGUAAUGUCAAUUAUGAGUUUCAAAAUCGGCAAUUGGUGUGGAAUGUAAUGACGGAAUUCUUGGUGUUUCUUUUACCACUAUUACAAUUGAGAAGGAUUAGUAAAUUUAUCAAGAAAUUGUACCAUAGAGCUAGCGGGCCAAACACAUUUGAAUUUGAACCAGGAAAUACAAAACAGGUGACUCCUUAUACUAAUUUGCCAGUACUGGAAUGUGCCAUUUGUCACUACAACAAUCAUCAAGCUGUACAAUCAGGAGGCCGCGUGUUUACAACUGCGGGACCUGUGACUAAUCCAUGUAUCACAAACUGUGGACAUGUUUAUUGUUAUGUAUGUAUCGCAACUCAAUUCAAUGUGAUGAAGUCGAGUGGUGAUGACGUACCAUGUUUGAGAUGCGGCAGCAAGUUGGAAUGGUUUAAAGAGUUUGAGGCUGAUGAAAAAGCAAUUGAUUUAGAUGCAAUUACGAUAACUAUGGAUGAAGAUGAUGAAGAGGAGUCUGACGAUGAGGUAAAACAAGAAAAGCAGGUUGGGAGCAAUAAUAACACAGAUGACAGUGAUGAUGAGAGUAUUGAAAGUGGAUCGAGUUAUGAAUUAGCUGAAUAUUCACAUUCUGAGAAGCCCAUCGGGGUUAAAAUCGAAAGAAAGCGCAGUAGUGUGCUGAAUAUAUUCCAAGAUGACGACCUGGAAAGCCCCAGUGAGGAUGACGACGACUAUAGUGAGGAAGAGGAAAUAGAUGCUGAUGAAGCAUUGCUAUAG